UACCAUCCCCCUCUCCCCUCCCACGGAAACCAACCACCCCCCUACCUACCAACCAACCAACCCAACCCAUCAAGGAACCAACCGCCCAGUAAGGCUGAACCCCCAAGUACAGACCAUUCAACGCUCCCGGCCCAAAAUGUCCGCAGGGAUGAUGGGGAUCCACAAGGCUGACAACGAUGAUAUCAUCCCACCCGCUUGAUGUCAUCCAUCGGCCCGGGUGAAACUAUAUCUCCUGACACCUCUACCUUACCUCCCUGCAUUCAAACUCCUUCAACAAGCAACCACCAAGCCUACAAAAAGAAAAAAGAAAAUGUCAUCAUGAAAACCGUCGACGAUACCGCACGAGAAACCGCACGGGAGAUGGGAUAUCAGGAGCCACGGACCGAUCAUUCAGAAGACUCGAUGUUGAAUGCGCAGAGCUCGUUUGGCGAGAUGAAAACUGUGUUUCGGGAUGUCACCCCGGGGGAUUUUCUUAAUAGUACGUGGAAUCAUGUACGGUCGUUGACCGGGGGUGGGGAAGGGGAUUAUGGGGAGGGGGAUGGGGAUGGUGGUGGGGGUGAAGAUGUUGUUGAGGCGACCGAUCCGGAGGAAAUUCGUUGCAUUGAGAAUUUGGAGAGGGAGAAGAUUGUUCAGUUUCUACAGGAGAGGCAUAGAAGUGAUCCUGCACAUAUUAAGAAGAAUGUGUGAUUUUCAGAUACAACUAAUAUUUAUUGUUGGGACAUCUUCGACUUUCUACGCCUAGUAGACAGAAGGGAUAUAUCUCUUUUGGUCUAUGGGUUAGUAGCUUUGAUAUUUAUGAUGCCGAAAAUAACUCUGUAAAGGCUUGCUCG